AUGCCACGACCACUCAAUUCGCUGCUUAGACGGUGGCACGCAAUGUUAGGCCUACAACGGCAAUCGCCCCCAUCCUGGUACAAAGACCGCGUCCGCGAAGAACUCCAAGAACGACGAGCCGCCACAACCUCCCUGCAAAAGCUCAGCGAGACAUCUGACGUGUUCUUCGCUAUCAUACGAGCUAAUUACGAUGGAUUCGCCGUCAGAAAAAUGCCCCCCUUUGUCGCCUCCCGGCACAUUCUGGUGUACGCGUACAUGCUGGGCAAGUAUACUUCGCGUUGGGGGUUCUAUCGCACGGCGGCAAUUCUCUGCAGGGUUCCCCACUCUCAUUCAGUGCGCGAGGUCGUGAAUCCUGGAAAAGAUUCUAAGCUUCACGAGGUUGCUUUGCGACACCAGAUUGACCCAGUAGAAUUCAAGCGAGUUGGUCGAAAGCUUCGACGAGUUUGGCCUCUUCUUCCUUAG